AUGAAGUCCAUGGCAGAUGCGAGCAACGUUACAAACGACGAUGGCUACGUAGGUCACAGUUACCAGGACAUUUCUUGGGAUGACGCCACCUGGAUCAUGACCAGCUCCUUCAUAAUCUUCACCAUGCAGUCAGGUUUCGGCCUUCUAGAGUCUGGCUGUGUGACACGCAAGAACGAGGUCAACAUAAUGGUCAAGAACGCGGUGGACGUUGUGUUUGGUGGGCUGGGCUACUGGAUGUUCGGCUACGGCUUCAGCUUCGGCCAGGACCGCGGCACGAACCAGUUCAUCGCCUUCGGAAAGUUCUUCCUAGACAGCGAUGAAAAAGAGAUGGGCGUCGUCUUCGCAACAUAUAUCUUCCAGCUUUCGUUCGCGACCACGGCGACGACCAUCGUGUCGGGCGCCAUGGCGGAGCGGUGCAACUUCGUGGCAUACUGCAUCUUCUCGUUCCUGAACACGGUGGUGUUCUGCCUUCCGGCCGGCUGGGUCUGGGGCCAGCACGGCUUCCUCAACAAGCUGCGCGUGGUGGACAUUGCCGGCUGCGCGCCGGUACACCUCGUAGGCGGUGCCUCCUCCCUGGUGGCCGCCGUCAUGCUCAAACCCCGCCACGGUCGCUACGACCACGGCAUCGAGCCGCCGCCCAUGGGCUCACCCACCAACGCGCUGGUCGGCAUGUUCAUGUUGUGGUGGGGUUGGCUAGGCUUCAACUGCGGAAGUACCUUCGGCGUUUCCGGUCACAAAUGGAAGUACGCCGCAAGGUCGGCCAUAGUGACAAUAAAUUCCUCGGUAGGUGGCGGGAUCACCGCGCUAGUUUUCAGUUAUGUGGUGAACAGCCGCAAGUUCUCUGUGAUCAAGCUCAUUAAUGGGAUCCUCGCUUCCCUCGUAGCCAUCACGGCUGGCUGUGCCCUGUACCACCCGUGGGAGGCCGUGGUGGUGGGAUCGGUGGGCUCCCUGCUGGCCAACGUGGGCAUGCCGCUGCUCGACUGGCUCCGCGUGGACGAUCCCGUGGGCGCCAUCGCCGUGCACGGUCUGAGUUCCGUGUGGGGCAUGUUAGCCGUCGGCCUGUUCGUCGAGAGGGACUCGCUGUUGCGCCUGAGCCGUGGAGGCGCCGGAGUGUUCCGAGGCGGCGGCUUCUACUUGCUCGGGGUCCAGGCAGUCGCCGUGCUCGCCAUCAGCGCCUGGAGCUGCGCGUCCACAUACGCCAUACUCUGGUGUAUCAACCGCAUCGUGCCCAUUCGAAUGUCUCCAGAGGAAGAGCAAAUCGGUGCGGAUUUCGUCGAACACGGCAUCCAGUACCUCCUGAAACCAGAACAGCCGAAGCCAGGGGCAGCUCCGAUAGCGACUAUCAGCAACGGAAAAUUCAAUGGCAGUGAACGGCGUCCCGCAGCCGCUCCGUCGGAGCAUCCGGCCGACGCUGCAGCCCGUAGACAACAGCAUCUACCUCAGCUCAGCCUCCAGGACCGACAAAGAACUUCCAGUUCCACGCAAACAGAGGACACGCCUAAUGGACGACCUGUGUUACCACGGUCCAUGGAAACUGGACGUCAAACGUGGAGAAGGCCUGUUCCAAGACCGGCUUGGUCGGAAACGGACUCUACGUGA